AAAUGAUUUAAUAAUUUAGAAUUUUAUAAAAAUUUUUACAAAUUACACUAAAAUUUAUCAAGAUUUCAUUGAGUAAAAAAAUAUUUUUUUGUUUCUGAGGAAAAAAAUUAAAUUUUCUUUCAUAUAAUAAUAUCUAACUGGAUUAUUACAUAAUAAUGAAUGUUUUAUUAGAUUUUAUAUAUAACUUUUAUAUCAAACAUUUUCAAAGCAAUCCAAGUUUUGUAUGAUCCCUUCAACUAAUGGAACACUGAAUUCAGACAAUUUUCUUAUCACGAAAUAUUAGCAUGUAAAAAUAUGGAUAAUUUAAAAAAAUAAACGGAUCAAAUAUCAUAUUCCCACACGUAUAUACAAUCAACAUGAUUAAACGUAAUGAUUUUGGCUCCAGACAAGGUUGAAAAACAAUUCAACCAACAAAUAGGACAAAGAUAUAAAUCAAAACUUUUAUGUACUAUUACUAUAACAAAACAAAGAACUUGUCAAACACGUAAAACAAAUUUGAUUAGUAAUAAAAAAAUUUCAUAUUCUAGACUGUUUCUUUGUCAAUUAUUUAGUGUUUUUAUAUUAUCAAUUGUCAAUAUUGAUUGUACAAUUGUUGUACGUUUAGUAAUGCAUGAAGAACAACAACAAAAUACUACACUUGUUGGUGUAUUAAUCAAAUAUAUACCGAAUUAUAUUAUAGCAGAACAUAAACACUUAUUAUUUAGACCAAUUAAUAAAGAUCAUGCCUAUUUAUUUCAUGUAACACCAGAAGAUGGUAGAAUUUAUGUAAUCAAAAGAAUUGAUCGUGAAGAAUUAUGUCCUUACAAUGAAUUCAAUUAUCAUCAACAUCAUUUUGUAGAAAUACCAUCUAAUGUACAAAUUCAACAACAAACAAUAUUAAAUUUGUACAAUGCUUCAUAUUUACAUGAUUGUCGAUUAACAUUCGGUGUAAGUUUAAUUAAAAUAAUAAAUAACAUAAUAGAUAUCAUUGAAGUAAUUCGUGUUCAUAUAACUGUAAAUGAUAUUGAUGAUAAUUAUUGUACAUUUACACCUAAUUCUAAACAGACUAUUUAUUUACCUGAAGAUAUUAAACCUCAUUCCCAUAUUAAUAUACCAUUGCAUCAACCUUUGGAUCUUGAUGCUCAUCCAAAUCACACUGUCAGUUCCGAUAAAAUAUUUUUAUAUACAAAAAAUAAAAUUAAUGAAACAUAUCAGUCAUCAGCAUUUCAAUCACGCGAACUAGAUUUACCAUUUAACUUAAUUAUCUUACCAACUGGAUCAUUGAUUAAGCCAUAUUUAUUAAAUCUUUAUAUAACGAAAGCAUUAGAUUAUGAAAUGUUAGCUGAAUAUCAUCUUAUAAUUGAAGCAAACAGUAAGUAUGGUAAGUCGAGUCAAAGAUGCUACCUCGAAUUGAAUAUCAUAGUGCAAGAUAGAAAUGAUUAUAAGCCAUAUUUCACAACGAACUAUACAGAAAUUAACAUCGCUGAAAAUUUCAAUACAGCCUUACCAAUAUAUACAUUUUCAGCUAUUGAUUUAGACAUGGGAGAUGUAUACAGCAAAAUAAUUUAUGAACUAGAUUCCAAAGCGUCAGAUCUAAUCAAAACAACCUUUUUCAUAAAUCCUAAUAAUGGUUCUGUAUAUCUCAAAAGUAAACUAAAUCACAGAUCACAUUCAAUUUAUACUAUUCCAAUUAUUGCAAGAAAUCCAUUCAGUUACGAAGUGAAUGUUUCAAAAGAGUCAAUUAAAAGCCAGUCAAAUGAAGAUAACUCUGUUUCCUUCAAUCCAAAACAAAUCGAAACAGAUUCUUUUUCAACUGCAAAGUUGGUUGUAAAGGUUAUUGAUGUUAACGACAACUCCCCUGUAAUAACAUUCCAGUCACUUGAUGGGAAUACAACAUUAAGUAUACCCGAACACUCAAAGAAUCUACCAUUAGAUUUUGCUAUCAUUUCGGUAACCGAUGAUGAUGAUGGUUUGAAUGGCAGGAUCUCAUGUUUUCUCAAAGAAAAAUACAGAGAUCAAUUUAAAUUAACAUCGAUAAUUACUAACAAUAAUAUCGAGACAUUGGCCGGUGUUGCUAAUAGCGGCAUAGCUAAAAAUCAGGGUGAUGAAAUAAAUCUUGAAAAAAGAAUGUGGUCGCAGUCAGAAAUGAUUUAUAAACUAUCUGCAUCCGUAUCGUUUGAUCGUGAACAAGUUGAUUAUAUAAAAUUGAUAGUCGAAUGCCAUGACCAUGGUAAACCACCUCUAAUGUCAAAUAAAGUACUAUACGUUGAAAUUACUGAUAAAAAUGAUCACAAACCGAUGUUUAAUUCCAGUGAAUUACAAUUAGCAAUAACGGAAGACAGUGAUCCAAAAAGAAAACAGAUGCAUUAUGAAGUUAUAAAACUUUUAGCUACAGAUAAUGAUACUGGGAUAAACGCUAUAAUAAAGUAUUACAUAGUAGAUGAUCAUAAAAUCGCUAAUCACUUCCACAUUAAUGAAUUAACUGGGCUUAUUCAAUCCAAGGGUAACUUGGAUCGAGAAAUAUGUGAUCGCUAUGAUUUUACGGUUGUUGCGCAAGACUGUGGUCUACCAGCUUUAUCGAAUUCAAUCAAUAUUCAGAUUAUCAUACAUGAUUACAAUGAUGAACAGCCUACAUUCGCAAAACAAGUAUAUGAAUUUCAUAUGACUGAAAACAAUCCAGUAGAUCAAUAUAUUGGAAGUAUUACUUGUUCAGACAACGAUCUAGGCAGUAAUGGUUUAAUUCACUUUGAAAUCGAAUUAAUGCCUUAUAAUAAACACACUCAUGCCAGUGAGCUGUCGUUAUCUUUAUCUUCAUUGUCGAAAGCAGCGAAUACGGCAAAUGGACAUUUAGUUAAUAUAUCAACUAAAUUACAUUUGCCAUUUGAGUUACUUAGUUAUUACGACACACUGAAAAGUAUUUAUUUAGUAAAGAUAUAUACGAAAGGUAAAAUUGAUCGUGAAAAGUUGAAAGAAAUUUCAGAAAUACAAAAAUCAUCAACAUCAUCAAAAUCAUCAUUGUCAUCUACAUUAUCACACAAAUCUUAUGGAAUGAAAACUAAAACUUCGAAAAUGAUUGAUAAGACAGACAUCGUUGCAUAUAAAUUUUGGAUUGUAGGUGAAGAUCAAGGUCAACCUCAACAACGUGGUCGUUCAUUAAUACAUAUUAUUGUCGAAGAUGAAAAUGAUAACGAACCAUAUUUUGUCUUACCAAAAGAAGAUCACACUGUUAUUGAACUCUCAUACUUAGAAAUAGUACGAUAUCCAAUUAUUAAAUUACUUGCAAUUGAUAACGAUGCAGGAAUAAAUGGCACUGUCAGAUAUGAAAUACAUCAAAUAACGCGGGAGAUUAUAAAGAACAAUGAUCAAAUAAAAACUAUAAAAGAUUCAUUUUCAAUGAAUCAGUCAGUUAAAAACUAUGAAUUCUUAAAAAAUUCUUUAUUUACAUUAAAUCCAUUGAAUGGUUUAUUACGUUUAAAUACUCAGUUCUCUCAAUCAGAUGUAGACAAGAUGAUAAAUAUUCAAAUAAAAGCUUAUGAUUUAGGUAUACCUAUAUCAAAAUAUUCCUAUAUAACAAUUCACAUUAAACCAGUAAAUAUCACACCAUCAGAAACAAAAAAUGGCUUUGAUUACGAAUUAGAUGAUGAUUACGAUGUUGAUCAUAUGGAAGAUUGGGAAAAUGAUCAUCUCACCUAUUCGAAUUGGAGUAAUCAUAAUCGUUUUUCUUUAAAUAAUUACAUAAUCUUGUCUACAGUGGUGCUAUCUAUACUACUAUCAAUUAUUUUAAUGUGUUCUGUAGCUUGUAUUAUUAAAUAUAGAAAACUCAAAAACAAUUCAGUAAACCACAAUUCGAAAGAUGCCAACGGACUUGAUCAAAUCAAAGGAGAUUAUCCUCUUAGUGAAGAUGGAUUCCAGAAUAUAAAAAUGAGUCCGAUUAGAACGAAAUUCAUACACGAUGACAAUAUUCAUAAUAUUGAUUCAUUAUUACCCAACUUAAUAAGUGAAAUUCCAAAUAAUUCAAUUACAUCUAGUAACAUUACACCUACAGUAAAUUAUGCAACAUUACAAUAUAAUACAUCACUUUCCCAAUAUGUAAAUAAUCAUCAUCAUGAAACAACAAAUUCUACACUUUCUUCUCAUUCUUCAACUACACAAGCUACUGUUCUUCCACAACCUUUAAUUGUACGUUUAGAACCUAUUUCUACAAAUCUUUUAGCUAAUAAUUGUGUACAACCAAUAAGUAUAUUGUAUUCUACAAAUUCUAAAGAACAAAUUGAUCUGAAUUCAGUAAAUCCUUUUUCUACUACUUGUUAUCCAUCUACUUCAUAUACUAAUCAUUCCUAUAAUGAUAAUAAAUUUAUUGAUGUAACUAAUGAAAUAUUUGAAGAUUUACAUCUAGUUUAUGAUCAGACAAUAAGAAAAUUAUCCUAUUUCAAUGAUGAAAAUGUUUUAAAUAAACAUAACGAUUAUGAAUGGAAUAGUUUAACUAAGUCUACAUUGCCAGAACUUCAACAAUUAUGUAUUCAUUCACAACCAUCGAAACGAAAUAGUCUCACAUCGCUUGGUCAAGACAGUGGAAAUGGUGACAGUCUUGAAACAACAACUAUGUCUUUUAUUCCUAUAACACAAUCGAUUUGGUUAAAUAAUACAAUGAAUGAUAUUUAUGACAAACAGCCAGUCAAUUUAUCUUUAGUUCAUGUAUAUACUCCAUUGUCAAGUGUUAAAGAAAUCGAUUGUAAUAAUGGUAAUAUUAGUACUUCCAAUAGCUUAACAAUUCCCACCACUAUAGCUACUACUGCUACACCGAAUAUUAGUAAUACUACUACACCUGAGAAUACUGUGAAGUAUAUUCAUUGAACAUUUUACUAAUCACUUACUACUAAGAACUGAAAUGUUUGAGAAAUUUAUAUCACACAGCAAAGAGAACAUCCAACACUUGACUCCGUACAGUAAACAGUUUAUACUGUUUGAUCUUGUAAAUAGUAAACGUUUGCAUUUCUCUGUUGUCAGUAUAUAUGUUCAUUGUUAAUAGAAUUGAUUUCAAAUAUUAUUAACUGAUCUUUAAAAGCAAAUAAAUGAACAAGAAUUAUGAGUUUCAACAUAAAAGGUAUAUAUACAUUAUAUUAGAAGAGAAUAAUUAAUUUGUAAAUGAUUUUGAACUGAACUGUUCAUUUGUGAAAGUUUCACAUUCACUUUCAUCAUUCAAAAAUCGUAUUCACUGACGAGUUUAACAUACUAUGAAGGUGAGAGUUUUAUAUAAUUUCAAUGAUAGAACGCUCAUUAUACAAGCUAUUAACUAACUCGUUCUAUUUAUUUGAAUAUAUGGAAUUGAAUUUCUGUUGCAUUUUAAUUACUGAAGAUAAAUGGAACGAUAAUUUUCUUUUUUCUUAAUUGAUGUUUAUAGCAAAGACGUAUUCUUUGUUUCUUAAGACCUAUUAUAUAAUAAAUACAAAAAGCUCAUACUAUGAUGUACUUUUUAUUGUUUAUUUUUUGAACUAAUGGUUUCUCUAUCAAAAGACAUUUGGUGAUACUACUAAUUAAUAAACCUAAAAAUAAGAGAGCAAA